AUGCGUUCAUUUAUCACCAUCGCCGCUGUUGCCGCCAGCCUCGUCGCCUCCGCCCAUGCCGCUCCAUGGGGCAACGGCUGGCUCUUCGGCAACCUGAACCCAACGAAAUGCUUGAACAAGCAGACGGCGCAGUAUCUCGUCGACGGCUUCGGCGGGCUCAUCUCGGCAUAUACGAUGGAAAACGCCGAGAAGUUCCUGGCCGACGACCUGACCGAUAUCUCGGACAGCAUCAACUCGUUGUCUGGCAUCCCCAUCGGCAACGUCACCUUCCCCAGCAAACAAGCGUUCGAGGCGGGCCAGGGCUCUCAACCACCCGUGCCCUUCCAGCUGCUUGCUAUUGAAGCUGUGACCUGUGAUACAAUUGCGCUGCGAUGGCUCGCCGGUUUGCAGCCCGAGCCUGUCAAGGGCAUUACCAUCCUGAAGGCCGAGAAUCCCAGGGCACAGAAGGACACUUGGCAGAUCAAGACCAUCUUCACGGAGUUCAACAGUGCCUCUUGGGUCAAGGAUAUCGGUGGCAACGUCACUCUGCCCAGCUACUGA